AUGUCGAAGGCCACGUUUGCUGUCAUUGCCGCAGCCAGUGCGGCCACGGGCGCCGGUGUCACGGCCCUGCUGUAUUCCGCCAAACCGUCUCAACAACAGUACCAGCACCAGCAGCACCAGCACCAGCAGCUUCCCCCGACUCCUGCGAGCGGCGCCAAGGUCCCCAAGUCCACUGCGACUCCUACACUUGCCGCCAAGGCUGUCGGACCCGUGGAUCCUGCUGGGGUCCUUCAAUAUGGCUUCCCAGGCCCGAUCGCGGACGAGCUUUCCACCCUGCCGCUGCACGGCGCUUACGACCGACGCACUCGCAACCCUUCUUGGGUCGCCGAGCACAUCACGCCGCAGUCGCUGGCCAUAAAGGACGCCGACCGCAAGCACAGCACCUUUGCCGAAGAUACCUCCAUCCCGGCCCUGUUCCGCGCCAAACUGGCCGACUACUUCCGCUCGGGCUACGAUCGCGGCCACCAGGUCCCUGCCGCGGACGCGAAAUGGUCGCAGGAGGCCAUGGACGGCACUUUUCUCCUCAGCAACAUGUGCCCGCAAGUAGGCGAGGGUUUCAACCGUGACUACUGGGCGCAUUUUGAGGAUUUUGGCCGCAAACUAGCCUCCCGCUACCCAUCGGUUCGCAUUGUGACCGGCCCUCUCUACCUUCCUCGCCGUGACCCCGAUGGCAAGUGGCGCGUCAACUACGAAGUGAUCGGUAACCCACCCAAUGUCGCGGUGCCCACCCACUUCUACAAGGUCAUCUAUGCUGAAGACGGCACCAACUCCCCGACAAGCAAGGUUGCGCUGGGCGCGUUCGUGCUGCCGAAUGCUCGCAUUCCCAAUGAAAAGAGCUUGUCCGACUUCGAAGUCCCCUUGGAGGCCGUUGAGCGGGCGUCGGGUCUUGAAUUUGCUUCGAAGCUUGAUCUCGGCCGCCGUCGCCGACUGUGCCAGGAGGUGAAGUGUGAGAUCACCGUGCGCGAGUUCAACAAUGCGCAGAAGAAGAUCGGCGCAUAA